CUGGAAACAAACCACGGAGCCGUGACCGAGGGGAGCGGCGGCGGCGCAAGGUGUCUUCCUCUCCGUCGCCGGCAACGUCGACACCGCUGGCAAGCUUCUCUCCGGUUGUCCCUGCUCCAGUAAGAGUAGGCGAGGACGAGCCUCCCCCAUCCUGGGUGUUGGUGCCUGACCCAUUUUCUCAAGAUAAGAUGUUCAGAGGUUCUCCUAAGAUAGUAGCUUUAUCUAAAGCUGCUCAAAAGAAGGCUUCUCCUAAAGCUGCAACAACAAAGAAAUGUGGCGGUGGUGUUGAGAGAGCUGCAUGGAAUGUUGAAUUGGAGAAGAGUCUUGUUGACUUGUUGUUUGAACACAACAUGCCUCCAUAUAGGGCUCAAAAUGGGUGGAGUCCAGAUGCUUGGAAUAAAAUAGUUUCUGAAUUCCACAAGAAGCAUGAAUAUGUUACAUUCAACAAGAUCCAAAUUCAGGAAAAGGAGAGGGAAUUGAAAAGGGAAUACAAGAUAUUGAAGGAGGCAAGAAAACAAAGUGGAGUUUCUUGGAAUGAAAAAAGAUGCAUGAUCAUUGCUGAACCAACGAUAUGGGACAACAUUAUCACUACAUUUCCUAGAGCUAAGAAGUUCCGCAAGAAGUCUUUUCCUCUCUUUGAUGCCUUGGGUGAAUUAUAUGAUGGUCACAUCGCACAAGGGACUUGGAACAUUACCUCUACUCAACCAGUACAAAAUUCUAAUGAUGGAGAGCAACUAAAAACCAUAGAAGUGGAAGAUGAAGAUACUAAUGAACCAGAAGAAGAUGCAAGAAUAGAACAAGAUGAAGAUAUAAUAAUUGUUGAAAGGGUUGAACAGAGGUUACCUAAAAGGUCAGGUGCACCAACUGUCAAUCAAGAGAAGGAGACAAAAAGAGUGAGGAAAGAUGCACUAGAAGGGCUGAUAGGGAGGUACCUUGAUGUGAAAACGAAGCAAGUUGCAGAUGAGGCUGCACAAUCAGCAAAAGUAAAGGAUGUUGCUCAAGAUAAUGAUUUUUCUAUCAAGAGGUGUAUUUCUGUUCUUAAGACUAUGGAUAUGACAAGAGAUGAGAAGGUCAAAGCAGCUGAGGUGUUCAACAUACCAAAUUACAGGGAAACAUUUAUUUGUUUCAAUGAUGAUGAGCCAGAAGUCGCUCUCCUUUGGCUAAGAGGGAAGAUGGAUAAACUCUAAAGGCAGGUCUGGUGGAACACGGACAGGCUCUGACUUCGUUCGAGACCAUCCAUUUGAUUCUUGCACCGGUUCUUUUCUCAGUUCAGUUGAAAGCUAGCACUAGAUGCCUACACGGAAUAGAAGGUCCACCACAGUCCACAGUCGUUCAUCCAAGCAGCUGUGUAGAUGUCGCCUCCUGUUAUUUUGUCCCUUUUCUGGUUGUCAUGUCCCUUUUUCUGGUUGUCACGUUGAGCUCUUGGUUUGCAGUUUCAUGUUGGUGUGCAUUGUCUGAAUAGAAAACUGAAAGGCUGUUGUUUCAGUUUCAUGUUGGUGUGCGUCCUCUGAAUAGAAAACUGAAAAGUUGUUGUUUCAGUUUCAUGUUGGUGUGCGUCCUCUGAAUAGAAAACUGAAAGGCUGUUGUU